AUGUUUUCAGAUGCUAGUAAUGAAGGCUAUGGUGCUGCAGCAUACAUAAGACUUUCCGAUAGCAGUGGGAGGAUUUCUACUGCUCUGCUGAUGGGAAAGUCUAGAGUGUGUCCUGUAAAGGCAACAACCAUACCCCGACUGGAAUUGACUGCUGCAGUGGUGUCCAUAAAUCUAGCACAACACAUUUUGAAAGAGCUGCAGAUUGCAGUGGACCAGACAUUCUAUCACACAGAUUCUACAACAGUUCUUCACUAUAUCUUUAGUGAUAGAAAGAGGUUUCCUAUAUUUGUUGCAAAUAGAGUGAAAGUAAUUAAGGAUUUCUCUGAAAAUACACAGUGGAGAUAUGUUCAGAGUAAAGAGAAUCCUGCUGAUAUUGCAUCAAGAGGUUUCACAAGUCAGCAAAUGCUGAACAGUAACAUUUGGUUUGAUGGCCCAUAUUUUCUUAGAGGACCAGAGGAGCUGUGGAAAAAUGACAUGCCUCAAGAUGAUGUUGAAUUGGAAGGAUCUACAAGUUUUGCAGUACAUCCAGAAGAUGAGGAGGGAAAUGCUGUUGAUAAGUUUCUUAAGUAUUAUUCUUCAUGGCAUCGGUUGAGGAAGGCUGUUGCAGUGUAUCACCGUCUUUUUUUCAUACUGAAAUCUAAGAGACAAACUAGACUUAAUGGUUCAAUUACAGCAGAUGAAUUAGAUGCUGCUGGAAAAGCAGUCAUCAGAUAUAUCCAAGAACAAGAAAACUUUUAG